CAUAUUGACACGUUGACAUGUUGAGCAUUGACAUGAUGACAUUGACGUGUUGACACAUAGAUGCUGAGCAUUGACGUGAGGACGUUGACGUGUUGAGCAUUGACAUGUUGGCAUAUUGACACGUUUGCUACCAACACGUUGACAUGUUGAGCAUUGAAUGAGGACGUUGUUGUGUUGAGCAGUGACAUGUUGACACGUUUGCUGUUGAUACACUGACACGUUGAGCGUUGUCGUGUUGACACACUGACGUAUUGACACGUUUGCAUUGAUACUGAGCAUUUACACAUCAAGUGUUGACACGUCAAGUGCUGACACGAUGACCUUGAGCGUUCAGACACCGUGAUGACAUCAGUAGGUUGACGUGAUGAUGCUGAGUGUUGUUGGUGUCCUCACAAAGCCUGAUAACCUUGGUCCAAAUCCAAACCGUGGCAUUUUGGAGCAUUUGAAGGAAUGAUUGAGGGGUUUUGGGUGUCCCUAACGUGUGUCCUCCCCCCCCUCUCCACGCAGGAGCUGAAGCUGCCAUGUGCCCGCGUGGUGGAAUCGAGCUGCGUCCUUGAUGUCCUCAUCAAGCUGCUGGAAGUGGUGCAGCCCUGCCUGCAGGCUGCCAAGGAACACAAGGAGGUGCAGACCCCCAAGUGGAUCACCCCGGUGCUGCUGCUCAUUGACUUCUACGAGAAGACGGCUGUGUCCUCCAAGAGGAGGGCGCAGAUGAAUAAGGUUCGGGGGUCCUGGGGGGGCUCAUGGGGGUCCUGAAGGGUUGUGGGGGUUCCUGGUGGGGCACACGAGGUCUUGGGAGGACGCGUGCGGGUCCUGGGGGGGUCACAGAUGGG